UCGGUUAUCAUUUCGCGCCUUACCGUGACGGCGUGACCUCUCUCACUCGCUCACUCACUCACUCUCUCUCUCUCCCUCUCCCUCUCCCUCCGAAGCUUUUUUCGUUUUCAAAAACAAACCUGCAAAAUCUUCACUCUCACGAUUGCAGAAUGGGUGCAAGGAGGAAAACACAAAAAUUUAUUGUUAGUGAAAAUGCACCUUCUCCAAAGUCAGUGAACAGCACUACAGCUGCCAGAAAUUUGAGGAAGAAUCACCUGGGUGGUGUCAUAUUUGGUUGCAAGAACAGUACCAUGAAAGAAUGCUUAUUGAACCAACUCUUUGGCUUACCAGCUCAACACUUUUCAUAUGUGAAGAAAAUUGAUCCUGGCUUGCCACUGUUUCUAUUCAACUACAGUGAUAGAAGACUUCAUGGAAUCUUUGAGGCUGCUAGCAAUGGCCAAAUGAAUAUUAACCCCUAUGGCUGGACCACUGAUGGUUCAGAGAGGAGGACAUCAUAUCCUGCACAGGUUCAGAUUCACAUCCGCCUACAGUGCCAACCACUACUUGAAGAACAGUUUAAACCAAUAAUUUCUGACAACUAUUACUCUCAGAACCAUUUCUGGUUUGAGCUAGAUCAUGCUCAAGCAAGUAGGCUCAUGUCGUUAUUAUCAUCUUUAGUGGUUGCUCCAAGUGCUUCUGUACCACAGAAUACUGCAAAGUGGAAAAAUAUUUUUCAAGCACUUCCCCCAAAUGAUGCUGGAGAGGAAGGUGAAGGGUUUAAGCCACUUUCUUUGGAAACUGGGCAUUCGAAUUACUCAAGUUGGAAAUCAGAUUCUACAGUUGUUGCUUCUUCAUUUGAUGGAAAUAACCAGCCAUUGGGAGCUUGCUUGGACAUAAAGCUAGUUAAACAAGAUGAGAAUGACGUUAUAUGUAUGAAAUUGAAAGAAUUGUCACUUCAGUCAGUGAGCUCUAGCUCAAAUGGCACCUCCUUCCCUUGUAAUAGUCAGGUGGAGGGUCAAGUCAUUGGUUCAAGACCCAAUGGUUCUGUGUGUGACUUACCAAUUGAAAGAAAAGAAUUGGCUGUUCCAAUGUUAGGUUAUGUAGACGAUACUACUGUUCUGAAUGGUAUUCAAUUGGAGGACAAAGGUUUUCAAGUGGAACCAAUGGGUGUAGAAGAGAAGAAUGAAGAGUGUUGUCAUUCAUCAUCUGAGGGUCAGUUGAUCAUAGCUCAGUUGAUUCAAGAGGUGCAAGAGCUAAAGGCCUUUAGAACAGAACAAAUUCAGAAGACAAGUAUUUUGGAGCAGAAGCUGAUGGAGGCUGAAAUGGAAAUUCAUCAGUUGAAAGAUUGUUGUGUGAUGAUGUUGGAACCUGUGUCCAAUCCUUCUGUGGCACUUGUUAAUGAGACAGUUAGUGAGGUGAUUGAUGAGCUCCAUUUGGAUCAUAAUGAGUCAGCUAGUGAGGUGAUUGAUGAGCUGCAUUUGGAUCAGAAUGAGUCAGUUAAUGAGGUGAUUGAAGAGCUCCAUUUGGAUCAUAAUGAGUCAGUUAGUGAGGUGAUUGAUGAGCUCCAUUUGGAUCAUAAUGAGUCAGUAUUUCUAGCAGGAGGAUAUGAUGGUAUAUCAUGGUUGUCAGCAUUAGAUUCUUAUUAUCCUUCUCAUGAUGUGAUCAAAUCUCUUAAGCCAAUGAGCUGUGCCCGUUCAUAUUUUUCGGCUGCACAGUUGAAUAAUGAUCUUUAUGUAUUUGGAGGUGGUUCAGGUCAAGACGGUUCCGAGUAUUAUGACACAGUUGAGUCAUACAGCCUAGCAAAUGGUCAGUGGACCCUAUGCCCUUCACUAAAUCAGAAAAAGGGAAGUUUAGCUGGAGCUACUAUAGAUAACAAAAUAUUUGCUAUUGGUGGGGGGAACAAUGUGGAAUGCUUUUCAAAUGUUGAAAUGCUUGAUUUAGACAUUGGAAGAUGGAUCCCAACACGUUCAAUGCUACAAAAGCGCUUCGCUGUUGGUGCAGUGGAACUGAAUGGUGCUCUUUAUGCUACUGGUGGUUAUGAUGGGAAGGACUACUUGAUGUCUGCUGAAAGAUUUGACCCUAGAGAACAUUCUUGGACCAAAAUUGCAAGUAUGAAUACAAAGAGGGGCAGCCAUUCCCUGGUUGUUUUUAAUGAAAAGUUAUAUGUUCUUGGUGGAUUUGAUGGAAGUAGAACGGUUUCAAGUGUUGAAAUAUUUGAUCCACGUCUUGGGUCAUGGAUGAGUGGAGAACCAAUGAAAAAGCCCAGGGGAUAUUUUGCUGCUGGUGUCAACAACGAAUCUAUCUUUGUAAUGGGAGGGAUAGUUGGCGAAAACAUUCUUGAGACGGUUGAAACUUACAAGGAUGGUCAGGGUUGGCAAGAAACUCAGACAAGGGCCAUCGGGAAAAGGUGCUUCCUGUCAGCCAUUGUUCUAUAAUCAUAUAUGAAAGGGCACUUUCACGUUUGUAUAGAACGAUAGGUUAAUUCAGUGAUGGGCCUGAUAUGGCCAUUAAGAUAGGCACUUAUAGAAUCGUCUCAGCCAUUUUGUUUUUGUGAAAUCCAUGGAUGACAGCCAUUUUUUUUUGUAGAAGGCCUUGGGAUGACGGCCAUUUUGUGGGAUGAAUGGACAUACGUCAGAAAAUAUUCUAGCUUUAGCGUGAAUACCAUAUCUUAGUCAAUUUAGCUGUCA